AUGAGGUACGGGGUUAUGCUAUAUGAGGUAUGGGGUUAUGCUCUAACAAUGGAUGAACGAUUCACAUCCUCACCAUUAUGGCAAAUAAACGUAUAUAUAGUUGGAUCCAAAGCUUGUUCACUCAGUAUUCAUUCUCUGCUGGAGUUCAGACGUAUCGACAACACAGGUUCUUGCAAACAUGCAGUAUUCAUACUUAAUUUUCCUUGCUGUAGUUUGCACAGCACAUUCUAUUACGACGAUCCUGAAUUUCCAAAAGAAGCUAAGAUGAAAGCAGAUGGAUCCUUCGAUAAAGAAAAGGAUAAAGAGGCUGUUGAAGAAAUGGUGAAAGAUGAAGUGCUAAAAGCAAAGUUGAUGGCAGCGAUUGAUGAAUGCGAUGUUACAGCGAAAGCAGAUAAAUGUGAAGCGGCUUACGAGUUUGUAAAAUGCAAGAAAGCGAAGGUAAGGCGAACUACCAACCCAAAGAAAGCCAAAAAUGUUGACCUAAAAGAUAUCAAGAUCAUUAUGAAACUUGGAGGCACCGUAGAAGAUACAGAACUCAUUGUGGGCUUAGUCUUCACCCAGAAGUCAGCAAAUGUUAUCGGACCAAGGCGUCUUGAGAAAGCCAAAAUUGGUCUCAUUCAGUUUUGUAUUUCUCCCCCAGAAGAUAUGGAUCACAAUGUACUUAUCUCCGACUAUGCAGCAAUGGAUAGGAUUCUAAAAGAGGAAAGAGCCUACAUACUCAGCAUUGCGAAGCAAAUCAAGAAGGCCGUAUGUACUAUGUUAUUGACUCAGAAAUCUGUUUUAAGGGACGCCUUGUCGGAUUUGGCUAUUCACUUCUUUGUCAAGUUGAAAAUUAUGGUCGUGAAGGAUAUUGAGAGGAAAGAUAUCGAUUUCGUCUGCAAGACUCUCGGCUGCCGACCCAUUCCGUCUUUGGAUCACUUUACCAGCGAGGCUCUGGUCGGUGCUGAGCUAGCAGUGGAAGCAUCGGCAGGAUCUUCUCGUAUCGUCAAAGUAACCGGAAUUCACAAUCCUGCGAAGACAGUAACAAUCCUAUUCCGAGGAUCUAAUAAUCUUGUCCUCGAAGAAGCUGAUCGUUCUAUUCACGAUGCUCUUUGCGUCAUCCGAUGUCUUAUCAGGGAAAGAGCUCUUCUUCCUGGAGGUGGAGCUCCUAAGAUUGAGUUGUCUCUUCGUUUGGGACAGCAUGCUCAGCUUUUGGGAUCGGAAGAAGCUUAUUGUUUGAGGGAGUACGCCAAAGCUUUGGAAAUUGUUCCUUAUGCCCUUGCUGAGAAUGCUGGUCUCAAUCCUGUAGCUACUGUUACGGAACUGUGGAAUAAGAACGUUCAUGGCCAAACUAGUGCUGGUAUUAAUGUUAGGAAGGGCCAGGUAACAGAUAUUCUUGAAGAAAAUGUACUACAGCCUAUGCUGGUCACAGCAAGUGCAAUCACGUUAGCGACGGAAACCGUCAGCAGUAUUCUAAAAAUAGAUGACAUUCUGAACGUCGCUCAUUGA